GUCACUCUCAAACUGGACUUUAUUCACAGAGAUCUCAUUAUAGGUGCCUGUGAGAGCCUGCGAGUUUAACAUUUCGCUUUCUUAAAGGACAAUCAGAACAACAUAAACAUGCGAGAGUGUAUCUCUAUCCACAUCGGCCAGGCCGGAGUCCAGAUGGGCAACACCUGCUGGGAGCUGUACUGCCUGGAGCACGGCAUCCAGCCCGACGGCCAGAUGCCCAGCGAAAAGCCGCGGGGGGGCUACGACGACUCCUUCACCACCUUCUUCAGCGAGACCGGCAACGGGAAGUACGUCCCCAGAGCUAUCUUCGUGGACCUGGAGCCCACUGUGAUCGACGAGGUUCGCACGGGCUUGUACCGCCAGCUGUUCCACCCCGAGCAGCUGAUCUCAGGCAAGGAGGACGCUGCCAACAACUACGCCCGCGGUCACUACACCAUCGGGAAGGAGCACAUCGACAACGUCCUCGACAGGAUCCGCAAACUGUCGGACCAGUGCACGGGGCUCCAAGGGUUCCUCAUCUUCCACUCCUUCGGAGGAGGAACCGGCUCCGGCUUCACCUCCCUCCUGAUGGAGCGUCUCUCCGUCGACUUCGGCAAGAAGUCCAAGCUGGAGUUCGCCAUCUACCCGGCGCCGCAGAUCUCCACGGCCGUGGUGGAGCCCUACAACUCCAUCCUGACCACCCACACCACCCUGGAGCACUCCGACUGCGCCUUCAUGGUGGACAACGAGGCCAUCUACGACAUCUGCUGCAGGAACCUGGACAUCGAGCGCCCCUCGUACACCAACCUCAACCGGCUCAUCAGCCAGAUCGUGUCCUCCAUCACCGCCUCCCUGCGCUUCGACGGCGCCCUGAACGUGGACCUGACGGAGUUCCAGACCAACCUGGUGCCCUACCCUCGUAUCCACUUCCCUCUGGCCACCUACGCCCCGGUCAUCUCCGCCGAGCGGGCCUACCACGAGCAGAUCACCGUGGCUGAGAUCACCAACGCCUGCUUCGAGCCCGCCAACCAGAUGGUGAAGUGCGACCCCCGCCACGGGAAGUACAUGGCGUGCUGCCUGCUGUACCGCGGAGACGUGGUGCCCAAAGACGUCAACUCGGCCAUCAGCAACAUCAAAACCAAGCGCAGCAUCCAGUUUGUGGACUGGUGCCCCACCGGCUUCAAGGUGGGCAUCAACUACCAGCCCCCCACCGUGGUGCCCGGAGGAGACCUGGCCAAGGUGCAGCGGGCCGUGUGCAUGCUGAGCAACACCACCGCCAUCGCCGAGGCCUGGGCCCGCCUGGACCACAAGUUCGACCUGAUGUACGCCAAGCGGGCCUUCGUCCACUGGUACGUGGGGGAGGGGAUGGAGGAGGGGGAGUUCUCAGAGGCCAGAGAGGACAUGGCCGCCCUGGAGAAGGAUUACGAGGAGGUCGGCAUGGACUCGUUCGAAGAAGACGAAGAGGGGGAGGAGUAUUAAAAAAAUGAAUCGUUUACAAGUAGCGCUGUUUUAAAGAAAGGGUAAAAAAAGUUCUCUCAAUCCAACAGUUUAUUAUUUAGGAUAUCCAGAAGCAUGCCAGGUGUCAAUGUGCCGUCACCAACGCGUGUAGAAUAAUAAUUUUACCGCGGAGCUCGUCCUGGUGUUCGGUUUCAAAAGUGACUCUGUGCCUUUUGCAUCCUUUUCUAAAUAAAGCUGUGAGACCAACUUCUCGACUCCCAAGAUUACCGUCUGUCUUGAUUUGAUUCGUCACCCUUGCUGCUGCUUGUCUGCUAACGAUUGUGUUCAACAAACUGCACAAAAAACCCAAAUAUUUAUUUUUACGAUUAUGUAAAGAUGGAAAAAUGAGCAAAUCUUUAAUUGUGGUGCUGAUGCCAGCUUGAUUAUGAAUAAAUAAACCUCAACAACUA